UUGACACGUAAGCUAAUGUUUGACUUACGAGAUACGACAUCGUUGGGUCUGCAAAAACUGGCGGAGUCCCGGCAAAUUCAAAACUGUGGAAGAAGAAAAUAGUAAUGGAGGAAACAAGAGGAAGAAGAGAUGAAGCAGGGGCGAGGCACACGUGUCUUAAGCUGGAAAUAAGCAGUACGGAACCAAUAUUCGUAAAAGGAACAUGGUUCGCCUCUCAUUUCCACCUCUCCGUCACCGAUGGCCUUAACGCUUGGCUCUGCCAUGCAACGGAAGAGCAAGUCAAAGAGAGAGCGGCGCAGUGGGAUCAGCCGGUUUCUGAGUAUAUUCAUUUAGCCGAACACUACUUAGGGUUUCAACACCCUUCCUCUCUCUACCGCUUUGCCGAUGCCGGUGAUGGCCAUAAACGUUUAUCAUGGACUUUUGAAAAGGAAGGAACAAAAUUGGAAUGGAGGUGGAAAUGCCAGCCAUCAGCUGAUAACAAGAAGACUAAUGUUGAAAUCAUGGACUUUCUCAUGGAUGCUAAUAUUAGGCUAAGUGAAGAAGUUGUUACAAAGACUCAAUCCUUUGACCGCUUAAAGGACGAAGCUGACAAGUGUUUGGCUCAAAGUGAUAGAUUUUGUACUGACAAAACGGAUUUCGAAUCUUCCACAUAUUCAAAGUUUCUCGCUGUCUUGAAUUCCAAGAAACGAAAACUCAGAGAGCUUCGAGAUCAGCUGGCGAAGAAGGAAUCUUCAGGAAAAUCACUACAGGAAGAGGAAGAAGAGGGCACGGACGGAACUGAGAGUUUUAAUGAAGGUAGCAACGAUGAGAAGAGUGAGGAAGAACCUCCAAAGAAACUCACAGGCACUUCAAAGAAUGUGCCAUCAGGCAGGGGGCGUGGCAGAACAAGGAUUGCUCGCAAGUAGCAUACAAAGUCGAAUUUUACAUUCAUCAGUUUAGCAGGCCGGCCAACAAGCUGACUGAUAAAAUAUAGAAAUAGAAAUCCGGUGUUCUAAGGUGAAAGGUGUUUUCUUUUCUUUGCUAGUUAAUCGUUUGUUCACUAUAUGGUUUAGGCUCGUCGAUAUUUAGCACCUGUUGAUGAAUAAACUAAAAUGUUAAAGUUCUCACAUUUGUUUGGAUUGUUUUCAUAAACUAGUCUUCAUUUCUUGUUCCA